UCGAGCUUCGAGCUAAAACUUUGUGCACGGUUGGAAAUUGCUUACCAGUAGCGAAAAAAAAAAAAAUAAAAAAUAAAAUAACAGAGAAACAGAGGAAGAAGAAGCAGCGGCAGCAGAAGUAGCUGAAAGAAAAGCGACGACAACAACAAAGCAACAAAAGCUGAUGAAUAUACGUGUGUUCGUGUGGGUGCCGUGCAUUUUGCGUACACAGAUACACAAGUACGCUUAAAUUAAAUACUUUGGCUUAAUUAAAUACUUCCGCGGCGUCGUUUAUCGUUGUUGCUGUUGUUGUUGAUAUUUUGCCUCUUCCUCACGCGCUUGUCUACGGUUAUCGAUUCUCGUCGUCUCGCUCCCCCGCACGCAGCGAGUUGUUGUUUGUUUGUUGUUUGUGUCUGUCACUCUCUCGCCCCGUCCCACUCACUCUCUCGCCCGCCGUCGCGAUUUGUUUGUGUACUGAAAAGAGGCAGCAACAACAUAAAAGCCAAAAGACUGCGAAAAAGCAUAAAUAAUAAACAACGAGACAAGUGCAAAAAGCGCAGCGAAAAGGCCAGCUGGUAAAUCCAACUCAGAAGAACAUUCAGAGGAAACCGGAAAAUUUAUCACGCAAAUCAAAAGUGCAAUAAAAAGUUGAAAGUGUUUUACACAGCGCCAAAGAAGGAAGUUGAAGCGAGAAUAGUAAAUAAAUGAGAAGAGUUCACAGCCACACCGUCAUAUAAACAACAACCCAAACAUCCCACAUUCAACACCAAUUACAAAGUAAACAUUUACAACUCAUUUCUCGCCCAAGAGAUUCGAGUGUUGUAAGCCACAAGAAACAAAGAAAACAAAACAAGAAAUCGCGCGCGCGUUUUAAAAGCGUUUUCCCCCCUAGAUCUCGAAAUUCGCGCGGCUUCGUCGCACGUAACUUAUAUAUAUCUUUCGCGCAACCACUGGGCUCAGGCCUCAAAAAUCCGCCAAAAUUCUACACCAACAAACUUUAAUCAGCCCCGAGAUUUCGCUCCAGUUCGCAACGGCGACCACAAUGCCCUACAACGGCGCUAGUAAUGGCAGUGGCGCCAGCGGCGCCGGCGGAGGGGGGGCCACCAUAGUCGUCACCGAGGGGCCGCAGAACAAAAAGAUCCGCACCGGAGUCCAGCAGCCCGGGGAGAACGAUGUGCACAUGCAUGCUAGGUCCACACAACAACAGAACCAGCAGCAAGCACUUAUGAACAAGUCAAAUGACGACCUACGGAGAAAGCGUCCCGAGACUACACGGCCAAAUCACAUUCUACUCUUCACCAUCAUAAAUCCCUUCUAUCCCAUCACAGUUGAUGUCUUGCACAAAAUCUGUCAUCCACAUGGCCAAGUGCUGCGCAUUGUCAUAUUCAAAAAGAACGGAGUACAGGCCAUGGUUGAAUUCGAUAAUCUGGAAGCGGCCACAAGGGCGCGCGAGAAUCUGAAUGGAGCCGACAUUUAUGCCGGAUGCUGCACCUUGAAAAUCGAUUAUGCCAAGCCGGAGAAAUUGAAUGUCUACAAGAAUGAGCCCGAUACCAGCUGGGACUAUACGCUGAGCACAGGUGAGAUUCUACCAAUUAAGGAGAUUGGAAAUGGCCGCUCGCCAUUACUGCAGGAGCCUCUAUACGGUACACGACCUCAGCCCUACAGUAAGUCGCUGUUUUCUAUACCCGAAAAUGUUGUUAUGCUUGAGAGCCAGCCACCGCUAUUGGGACCCGGCGCCGCCUUCCCGCCAUUCGGAGCCCCAGAAUACCAUCCCACCACGCCCGAGAAUUGGAAGGGCGCCGCCAUCCAUCCCACUGGUUUGAUGAAGGAACCGGCAGGCGUGGUGCCCGGACGCAAUGCUCCGGUGGCCUUCACACCGCAAGGACAGGCCCAGGGCGCCGUCAUGAUGGUCUACGGCCUGGACCACGACACUUCCAACACGGAUAAGCUCUUCAAUUUGGUGUGCCUGUACGGCAACGUGGCACGGAUCAAGUUCUUGAAGACCAAAGAGGGCACCGCCAUGGUGCAAAUGGGCGAUUCGGUGGCCGUUGAGCGCUGCGUACAGCACUUGAACAACAUUCCCGUGGGCACUGGUGGCAAAAUACAGAUCGCUUUCUCCAAGCAGAACUUCCUAUCCGAGGUGAUCAACCCGUUCUUGCUGCCCGAUCAUACACCCAGCUUCAAGGAGUACACAGGCUCCAAGAACAAUCGUUUCCUAUCGCCGGCCCAGGCCAGCAAGAAUCGCAUUCAACCACCGAGCAAGAUUUUGCACUUUUUCAACACACCGCCCGGCCUGACCGAGGACCAGCUGAUUGGAAUCUUUAAUAUCAAGGAUGUGCCCGCCACUUCGGUGCGCCUGUUCCCCUUGAAGACCGAGCGCUCGUCGUCGGGACUGAUCGAGUUCCCCAAUAUCUCGCAGGCAGUGCUGGCCAUCAUGAAGUGCAACCAUCUGCCUAUUGAGGGUAAAGGCACCAAGUUCCCAUUCAUCAUGAAGCUGUGCUUUUCCUCGUCCAAGAGCAUGAAUGGGGCCUGGAACAAUGCGACCAGCGAGGGCAUGAUCGAGAAGGAGAACGAGGUCGAUACCAAGGUGGACAUCUACAAUUGAGAUUUGAUUACGAUUGUGUAAGCAAGCAAACAACAACCGGCUUAACUAGAACACAAUACAAAACUAUACUGAAGGAGGGGAAUUGGUCGUAGACAACAGCCAAAAGACAACAACUACAGAAGCAGCAUCAACUGUAACUGCAGCAGCAACUGCAACUGCAAAUGCAACAGCUGCAGCUUCAACUUCAACUUCAACAACAAGAACAACAACAGAUCGACAAUUCUGAUGAGGGCUUACACAUUCGAUAAAUAUGACUGGCGGGCGGCGAAUGCUGCGAACAAACAACUGAAGAAUUUCAAACAAAUUGAUUGCGAGAUCAACUUCAAACAACAAAUAACAAAAAGAUACAAGCAAAGAAAACCAACUCUACCAUUAAUUCAAUUAGGCGCAAACGCAUGUAACUUUUCUACGAGCCAUUUGCAUAGAUUUACUGAAUUCACCGUAUAUCAAAUUCAGCUAAUUAAUAUGACAGCCUAUGUACGAUAUGGCCUCGUUCAAAAGCCACACCGAAUGAACACUUGAUGCACUUUACAUUACAUUACAUGCGUUUGCGUGGCAGCAACAAAACAAGCAAAAUAAUACAUAAAAAAUUUGAAUUGUUAUUAUUGUUACGAUGAAGCAUUAGGACUUUCUCACACAACAGCAAGAAAAAUGGAAUCAACUCCAACCAAUUGUAAACUAUGUAAUGUUUAAUUGAUAAAAAACGACAAACAAACUAAACCAAAAAUAAAUAAUGUAAUUCAAAACGAAAAAAAAAUGUUAAAGUAACUAAAGAAAUUCCCUGCCCCCGCUCCGCUCUUCCCCCCCCGCCCAAACACUUGCACCUUCCACUCUGACCUCCGACCCCGGUUUCCCCGCACCCCCCUCCUCGUUCCCACGGCAGACUUCUGUAUAGUUAAUGUAAUAUGAUUUCUCGAUCGGUUACGAAAAAGAAACAUUUCUUUGGACAAUAUUUCGACAAGUAUUCGGGCGUGAGAAAAAGUCUUAACAAAAAAUAUUUAUUGAACGGAUAAUAUUUGUGUAAAUUAAAACCAAAAAUUUAGCAAUUUUAAAUGAAAUUUAUUAAUUUUAGUUAUGCAAAAACAAGCUCUGCGAACUGCUGCACCGACCACCGCAGCAUUUGUAUGGCAGUUGAUUUUAAAUUUCUUACUUUAUCGAAUAUUAAGCAUGAAGAGGAAGGAAAAACUUGCACAAGCCAAUGUUUUUACUAUUAACAAAACAAGAAAAAGACAAGAAGGUAAACAUAACUUUUGUGCUUAAUUUACAAAGUUGAAAAAGGCAUAAAUUUAUAUGUAUGAGAUGUAUUUGUAUUUACAUUAAAUUUAAUUUUAAUUUACACUAAAUGUAAAAAGCAAAAUAACUAAAACAAAACAAAAGAAUACAAAAAAAAAAAACACAAGCUAAGAAAAAAAAAAGAUUAAACCUACAAGAAAAUUUAGUUAAGUGCAAAUCGAAAAGAGCAUCUAGCAUAGUUAAGAAGCAGCAUCGUUCAGACAUGCAGACAGCAGACAUACAACAAAACAACAUAUUUUUGAGGCGUUUUAAAAUUAGAAGACAGAGCCAAACAUUUCAGAACUCCAAGUGAAGUUAGCAAAGCAAAGCUACUACUAAAGAUGGGUGAGGGCGUAUUGCAAAUGCGAAUAAAAGUAGACGAAAACAAAAGAAUUAACGAUAUCAGCAAUAAAGCAACAGCAACAACACCAUAUCAAAGGCGUAUGUUAGAUUACCUAUAAUAUAAACAAAAUUACACAUAAAAGAUGCAACAUAAUAAUGUAAUGUAACGAUAAUCUAUGAGUUCACUUGAGUUGUUUAGUUUUAUUUUCAAGCUCUUGCGGUCGGCAGUUUGAGACCCAAAGAGAUCCGAACUCAUAACUGCCCACCCACAGGGCGUUGUUCUAUACACUACAUUUGUUUUUAAUGCAAAUCAACGAAUACACAAAUACAUAAUGCUAGGGCCGCUAAACGAAUUUUCUUCAUACUUUUCGUAGUUCACCGCCUGACAUGUUUGUUGGGCUUUCAUGUAGAUCAUUUCAUUCAUAUAACUAUCAAUAAUACUAUGUGCAAUUUGGGCUUUAAACGAGACUUCGUUUGUUCUAUUUUAUUUAUUGCAAUUUUCUCAUUUCGAUAACUAGUUCGUGUAAUUAUUUCAAGUGUCUUUACAGUCUUAGUUAUUAUGUAAAUUGUUUUUUAAUCCUUAAUUGUAAAAUAUUUUUCUAAAAAUUAAGUAUUAUUGUACUUAAUUUAUAUAAUUAACAUGAUUUAAUGACAAACGGGAAUUAAUUAUAAAAAAGCAAACAAUCUCGUUAAAAAUUAAUUGAUAAAUAUUAAUUUUUAAGAACAUAAAGCAACAACGAUCUUGAAGCUCCUAAUUAGAUCGUAAUCGGAUCAAUAAACAAACUACUAUAAUACAAUAAUAUAUAAUAUAAAAUAAUAAACAAACUUGGUAGCUAUUUAAUUUACGAAUAUACAAAUUGUAAUCUGGAAUUUUUAUUGUUAAUAGUUCUAUUUGACAUUUAACACAAUUUUAUUUGUGUUUAUUUUCUUAUCUUUAAUUUUAUAUGAGUAAAACUAGAGACAAAUAAAUAUACCUAUAUUUGUAUAUUUAGCUGGUGGAAUCGUUUGGAACUUUACCUCAAAGGAAGCACGACAAUGCCAGUUAAAUGUAUAAAAUCAUAAAUAUAUUUAUGCGUGUAUUUAUAUGAUUUGUUUUAUUUAAUAUUUAAAUUUUGUUGUUAUUUUUUAAAGCGUAUUUUUUAAGCCCAGAGUUUGUAACAUGCGCGCUCAUAUUUUGAUAUAAAUAUAUAUGUAAAAGUAUCUGGCAAUUGCAUUUUUAUUUUGACCACCACCCCAUUAUCAAUGUCAGGUUUUUGUAUAUUCUAAUAGGAAUUGAAACAUGACAAAUAAUUUGCUUUUAAACUAUAGAAAACUCGCAAAGCAUUUAAAGCAUAGUUAAAAGGCAUCCUAUAACGCACAUCCUUUUAUUUUCAUUUACGGGCAUUGAGAACAGCGACUAAUGAAAAGUGAACCUAACUAAAUUAUAUGCCAAAUAAUAUCUAGUGUUAUCCUGAAUUUUGAACAUAUCAAAAUUUUGAAGCAUUCAAAUUUAAGGGCCUAUGUUUUGAAAUUAUACAACUUAGGCAUUAUUAAUGUAAAAACAAAUAUAUAGACCUGGAGCACUUUUCAAUAAGCAGCAAGACUGCGAACAGACAUAAUCCUUACAAUCUUCUACGAAAACGCCAAUAAGAAUUGUAUGUAAGCAAAUAGAGCAAACAAAAAUUAAAAACCCAAGAAAUAGAUUUAAGGCAUAAUUUGUAAUAAGUAAUUACUUUAAAGUAUUAUUUAAAACACAAUUUUAAAAAAUUUGAAAACUAGGAAAAUUGUUUAUGUUUAUUUGCGCUUAUGUUCCCAAAAACGAAAUUUAGCAAGAGAAUAAUCUUCUAGUAGCAAUUAUUUAAAUAUACUUUAAAAGCAUUCGAAAUUAAAUAAAAGAAAAAUUAGUCAAAUUUCGUUAAACAAUUUUGUUGAAUUGAAACAAGAUCAUUUAAAGGUUGUCAACGACAAGAACUUGUUAUGAAGGCCUUCCCAAACCGCUGGCUUUUGCAUGUAAUUUUAUGUAGCGAUUUCUUUAUUAUGAGUUCAUUUAAAUUACGUUUGCAAUUGCCUCGUAGUUUUCAACUCCCGAAAAUGCUCAUGGGGUACAAGGUAGGUGCUGUUUAUAAGUAACAACUCACAAUUUUCUUGAACUUGUCCACCCAAUCGAAAAUUGGUCAGUUCGGAGUGCCAUUUUUUCUGAUGGCAGGUCCACAUUUCUUCAGUGUAUUUUCAAUAAAUUCGUCUUAGUUUGUUAGACAAUUCGCCUAAUGACACCAAACUACACAAAAUGGACCAGUUUAUUCAAUACUGAAUUGACAACCACCAAGAAUAAAAACAAAAUGAAAUUAUUAAAAUUUGUGAAACCGUCCAAUUAUGAAACAGCAACAACAGCAACACUGACACCACACACGAGUUGAAAACUGGGUACAUUACUACUUUAAAGAGGGAGAAACAGUAGAGCAAUGCUCUUGAGUUUCUGAAGUGUCUUUCACUGAGCUUUAUAUUGCAAACAUUUUGGAGCAAGGGUUUUUAGCGACACCAGCACGUUUCCGUCUUCGGUUUUUGCGCUUUUCGACCUAUUUUACUUCUGUGCCGCUUCAACAUGCUGCAUUCAAUUUGCUAAACAUCUACGAUCCUGUGAGAGCUUUUGUUUGCUACUAUCGUUUUCUGUUCCUUAGUUCAUACGAUACGAUACCCCGAGAGGCAAAUGAGAAACACUAAACAAAACAAGAACUUUGUACACCGAAACGAAUUCAUAAUAAUCUAGAAUGCAUGUGCAUAAUGAGAACAAAGAAUAAAAACUAAAGGAUAAAGAAACCUAUGAAAAACGAAUAAAUAAAAGAUGAACAACUACAACUAUAUUCUUAUAGGCUUAUAGUUUAUACUUACAUACACACAUACAAAUACUUAUAUACAUAAAUAUUUAUAUAUAAAUAUAUAUAUAUAUAUAUAUAUCAGAGGUCAUAACAUACAUAGUAAUACGACACCACAUCCACAUAUAUACAUUCGAAUAUAGUUUUUAAUAAGAAGAGGAGGCAGCGCGAGUCAAUUUUAAAAGCAAGAAAAUCUUAAACCAAGCAAAUCUUAAACGAAGAAGCGAAAAAUCAAGCGCAAAUAUUAACAAAGAAGUUACUUUGGCGUUAUUAGUAAUGCAAUUACAUGUAUGAGAAGCGAAUACUUACAUAAUUACACCACAAAUUACACCACCCACUACACAAGAGACACAGAUACAGAUACAGACACAGACAGACAAACAGGAGACACAGACAGACAAAGGACGAAGGCAAGUUUUAAAGGGCAAACGGACAACUGCAUAGUGUAGUCGUACGCGUAAUUACUGGUGAUAAUUUUGAAAAAAAAUCUAAUACAAAUCAAAUAAUAUGAGUAAUUUUAACUUAAGCAAAUGCUAGCACGUUUGAAUUUCCAAUAGAUGUCUAUUAUGUAUUAGAAACGUAUAUAAAUAUAUAUUGACGAUUCCUUAUUAAACACACACACACACACACACGCAUACCUUAAUGUCUUAGUGUGCAAGUAUGUAAAAAAAAACAAAACAAAAAAACAACAAGUAAGCCACAACGCAAAGUAAACGAAUCUGCAAGAAACGAAAUUCGAUUCGAAAUCAUUUCUCCCCACGAACGACGAGUAUUAGUGAAUUAGGCCUGGUAUUUAGCAGACAUUAUUUAGUUCCCCUGACAAGCAGCAUGAGUGAACCCAAACAUACAGACAUACCCACCCGCAGGUCCGCUCAAGAACCCUAGGCCCAUGGGGGCUCUACCGCCCGGCUGGGACCCGAAUAAUUUAUUAGCAAUUUAAAGCUCCCAUCUGCGAGCGGGCUGGCCUGCCCGGAACAAUUGCAUACUUUCGGGCUGCAAUUAGUCGGUGUAUGUGUGCUGGUGCUCAGUUCGAAUGCAGCAGGCCUGCCGGAGGAUAUGCAUCUAUCUAUGUGAACUCCGCGCAGGACCUGCAGUGUAUCAGCACUCCAAUGAGGCGACCAUGACGAUUCCCUAUAACUAUAUAACAAUAACCGACCGGUUGUAAGCCAUCACACACACACACAAAGACAGUAGACAGACUACCGGAAACGCACACACACACACUCUCACUUAGAGCCAAACCGCAGGGCAGUUGUGCAAUAUAAUUUGACUUGUGUUCGGUUAACACACACACACACACACACGCCCUCAUCUCUACCCACACCCUCAUCUAAUAAUAAUAGCUAUGUUAAUAUGCAAUUUAGUUGAAUUUUCGUUGAUCGGUUUAGUUUAGUUUAGUUUAGUUAGUUCAUACUUUAAUUUAGGGUUUGCUGUGUGGCGGAAAUGGGUACUGAAUUUGACACCACACACAUACACUUGUUAAACUAAUCCACCGAAUAAAUACAAUCUCAUUAACUAAAUUUAAUAAUUAAAGCAUGGACAAGCCAAUUUCGCCGUUUCCGCCUCGAGCUUCGGGUUUCGAGUUACGAGUUUCAUUGCGUUCGUGCAGCGGGUCUUAUAUUUAUUUUUUACUGGGACGCGACUGUAGAUUAAAGUGCGCUGCGGGAUGUAGCAUACUUUUGUGGGGUUGCCAGAUGGCUGAAGAGAAAGGAGAUCAAAUACCGAAUAGAGACAAAUUUAAAUCGAACUUUCUGAGUGUUUAGUUGAAGAGUCGUUAAUAGUCGUUCGUAAUAUGCUAAUAAGUGUAGUAGGCUAGUAAUGUGGCAACCGAGACACACUACUCUGGCAUACAUACACACUGACAAAAGUAAACAACAAAAAAAAACACACACACAUUACAUAAUUAUAUACUAAGUACACUUAUAACAUACAUUAACACUCGUACAUAAACGCAUACAUAAUACCUACAUAUGUAUUAGCCUAUGGAAUGCAACAUAAUCACAGCAAAAUCCUUUUGAUAACCGAUUUUUGACUAUGUACGAACUAAUUUUUGAAACAAUUCUGCGUCGCAUUUACACACAGGCACACAGACAUAAUCAGCCAUAACCAGUCAUACAUACAUAUAUAUACAUAUAUACGUUUAUAUCUAUAUAUAUAUAUAUACAUACACACAUCAAUCUUAUCAGGCGAGGCAAACGCAUUAACAAACCGCAAACAACAAAAGUAAAAAUAUCAUGUACUGCACAGCAAAUUUGCGAUAACAGGAAAUAGAAAAAAAAAACCAAAAAAAAAAACAGUCGAAACCACUCACACACACACACAAGUAAUGGACACACACGAAACAAAUUAUUAGAAACUAUUCAAAACUACUAUUUAUUAAAUGUUGUUAGCAUCA